AUGGCGACCGUCCGGGCCUCCCCGCGAGGCGCGCUGCUGCUUCUCCUGACGGUGGCUGGGGUCGCGGAGGUGGCAGGGGGCCUGGCCCCGGGCAGUGCGGGUGCACUGUGUUGUAAUCAUUCAAAGGAUAACCAGAUGUGCCGUGAUGUUUGUGAACAGAUAUUUUCCUCAAAAAGUGAAUCACGACUAAAACAUCUGUUGCAGCGAGCCCCAGAUUAUUGCCCUGAAACAAUGGUUGACAUUUGGAGUUGUAUGAAUUCAUCUUUGCCAGGUGUGUUUAAGAAGUCUGAUGGCUGGGUUGGCUUAGGCUGCUGUGAACUGGCUAUUACCUUGGAAUGUCGACAGGCAUGCAAGCAGGCAUCAUCAAAAAAUGAUAUUUCCAGAGUUUGCAGAAAAGAAUAUGAGAAUGCUCUUUUCAGUUGCAUUAGCAGAAAUGAAAUGGGCUCAGUCUGUUGCAGUUACGCAGGCCAUCACACAAACUGCCGAGAAUACUGUCAAGCCAUUUUUCGAACAGAUUCUUCCCCCGGUCCUUCUCAGAUCAAAGCAGUGGAAAAUUACUGUGCCUCUAUUAGUCCACGAUUAAUACACUGUGUGAACAAUUACACCCAGUCUUAUCCAAUGAGGAACCCAACAGAUAGUUUGUAUUGCUGUGACAGAGCGGAAGAUCAUGCUUGCCAAAGUGCCUGCAAGAGAAUUCUGAUGUCUAAGAAAACAGAAAUGGAGAUUGUCGAUGGCCUCAUCGAGGGUUGUAAGACCCAGCCUUUGCCUCAGGAUCCACUUUGGCAGUGUUUUCUUGAAAGCUCACAGUCUGUUCACCCUGGAGUCACUCUGCAUCCUCCUCCCUCCACAGGCCUUGAUGGUGCUAAAUUGCAUUGUUGUUCUAAAGCAAACACUUCAACCUGUAGAGAACUGUGUACUAAACUGUAUAGCCUGAGCUGGGGCAAUACACAGAGUUGGCAAGAGUUCGAUCGCUUUUGUGAAUAUAAUCCAGUGGAAGUGUCCAUGUUGACCUGUUUAGCUGAUGUCCGGGAACCUUGCCAGUUGGGCUGUAGAAACCUCACCUACUGCACUAAUUUUAACAACAGGCCAACAGAACUUUUCAGGAGUUGCAAUGCUCAGUCAGAUCAAGGAGCCAUGAAUGACAUGAAGCUGUGGGAAAAAGGAAGCAUAAAGAUGCCAUUUAUCAACAUACCUGUUCUUGACAUUAAAAAGUGCCAACCAGAAAUGUGGAAAGCAAUAGCUUGUUCGCUGCAGAUUAAGCCUUGUCAUAGUAAAUCACGGGGCAGUAUUAUUUGCAAAUCAGAUUGUGUAGAGAUUCUCAAGAAAUGUGGGGACCAGAACAAAUUCCCUGAAGACCACACAGCUGAAAGUAUUUGUGAGCUUCUGUCACCCACAGAUGACCUGGAGAAUUGCAUACCUUUGGAUACAUACCUCAGGCCAAGUUCUUUAGGUAACAUUGUUGAAGAGGUGACUCAUCCUUGUAACCCAAACCCUUGCCCUGCUAACGAGCUCUGUGAGGUAAACCGGAAAGGUUGUCCAUCUGGUGAUCCCUGCCUUCCAUACUCUUGUGUUCAGGGCUGCAAAUUGGGAGAAGCAUCUGAUUUUAUUGUCCGUCAAGGGACACUGAUCCAGGUGCCGUCAUCUUCAGGGGAAGUUGGUUGUUACAAAAUUUGCUCAUGUGGGCAAAGUGGACUCUUAGAAAACUGUAUAGAGAUGCACUGUAUAGACCUUCAGAAGUCUUGUAUUGUUGGAGGAAAAAGAAAAAGUCAUGGAACUUCCUUUAAUGUCGACUGCAAUAUCUGUUCUUGUUUUGCUGGCAAUUUGGUGUGUUCCACCCGCUUGUGUCUCAGUGAGCACAGCUCAGAAGAUGACCGCCGCACCUUCACAGGUCUGCCCUGCAACUGUGCAGAUCAGUUUGUACCCGUUUGUGGGCAGAAUGGACGCACUUACCCCAGCGCCUGCAUUGCUCGCUGUGUGGGCCUCCAGGACCAUCAGUUUGAGUUUGGAUCAUGCAUCUCAAAGGAUCCAUGUACUCCUAAUCCCUGCCCAAAAAACCAAAGAUGCAUACCGAAACCACAAGUCUGCCUGACGACAUUUGAUAAAUUUGGAUGUAGCCAAUAUGAGUGUUUGCCAAGACAGCUCACCUGUGACCAGGUCCGAGAUCCUGUUUGUGAUACAAACCACAUGGAGCACAGCAAUCUCUGCACUUUGUACCAGAGAGGGAAAAGCCUGUUAUACAAAGGCCCGUGCCAGCCUUUCUGCAGGGCCCCGGAGCUCGUAUGUGGGCACAACGGGGAGACCUACAGCAGCGUGUGUGCGGCCUAUUCAGACCGGGUGGCGGUCGAUUACCACGGGCCCUGCCAGGCUGUCGGGGUCCUCUCUGAGUACAGUUCUGUGGCUGAGUGUGCUGCCGUGAAGUGUCCUUCACUCUCAGCGACCGAGUGCAAACCCAUCAUCCCACCUGGUGCCUGUUGCCCAUUAUGUGCUGGCAUGUUAAGAGUUUUGUUUGACAAAGAAAAACUGGAUACUAUUGCUAAGGUUACAAACAAAAAGCCAAUCACAGUUCUGGAAAUACUUCAGAAGAUCCGCAUGCAUGUGUCCGUCCCACAGUGUGAUGUGUUUGGGUACUUCAGCAUUGAGUCAGAAAUUGUGAUCCUCAUCAUUCCUGUGGACCAUUAUCCAAAAGCUUUACAGAUUGAGGCCUGCAAUAAGGAAGCAGAGAAGAUCGAAUCUCUUAUCAACUCUGACAGCCCCACUCUGGCAGCCCACGUCCCUCUGUCUGCCCUGGUCAUCUCCCAGGUGCAGGUCUCCAGCAGCAUUCCCUCAGCCGCUCCCAGGGCCCGGCCUCCCCAUCACCCCCGCCUCUUCCUCCUCAGCCUGGGCCUCACCAUCCACAGAGUCUGGAGACACAACUGA